GUCCAAACCCUAUCAGCAUUUAGCCGCCUCUUUUCUCGCUCUCGGUUGGAAAUUCUUCUCUUCAUUUCUCCGGUCAUUUACUUUGGCAAAAAUGCAGUCUGCAGCCGUCGCUCACCGCCACUUCCUCGAUGGCGGUGCCGCCGCCUCCUCCUUCCCCCUUUCCCAUUUCAAACCUACUCCUUCUACCGCCCGCCCCUUCUCAGUUCGCAUGUCACUACGCGAGGACGCCCCAUCCCUUGCCGUCGUAGGCGUCACCGGUGCCGUCGGCCAGGAAUUUCUCUCCGUCCUCUCCGACCGUUCCUUCCCCCACCGAUCCAUAAAGAUGCUUGCUAGCAAACGCUCCGCCGGAAAGAAAUACACAUUUGAAGACAAUGAAUAUGUCGUCGAGGAGUUAACCGGUGACAGCUUUAAAGACGUUGACAUUGCUUUGUUCAGCGCCGGUGGUUCAAUUAGCAAGGAGUUUGGACCUAUUGCUGCGAAUUGUGGAUCCGUUGUGGUGGAUAAUAGCUCUGCUUUUCGUAUGGAUGACAGCGUUCCAUUAGUGAUUCCGGAAGUCAACCCGGAUGCAAUGGCGCAUAUUAAACUAGGGUCUGGUAAAGGGGCUUUGAUUGCAAACCCUAAUUGCUCUACCAUCAUUUGCUUGAUGGCUGCCACUCCUCUUCAUCGACGAGCAAAGGUAUUGCGUAUGGUUGUUAGCACAUACCAGGCUGCUAGUGGUGCUGGUGCUGCGGCCAUGGAAGAGCUUGAACUGCAGACUCGCGAGGUGCUUGAAGGAAAACGACCCACUUGCAAAAUCUUCAAACAGCAGUAUGCUUUCAAUCUAUUCUCACACAACGCACCAAUUCUCCCAAAUGGAUACAACGAGGAAGAAAUGAAAUUAGUCAAAGAAACAAGGAAAAUCUGGAAUUGUAAAGACAUCAAAGUAACAGCCACUUGUAUACGAGUUCCUGUGAUGCGUGCACAUGCUGAAAGUGUAAACCUGCAAUUCGCAAGCCCCCUUGAUGAGAAUGAAGCAAGAGAUAUUUUGAAGAAAGCUCCUGGUGUGGUUGCAGAAUCCGUCGGGAUGAGUCUCAAGAUGGAAAUUAUGGGUUGGAUAUUUUUGUUUGUGGGGAUCAAAUACGUAAGGGGGCUGCUCUCAAUGCUGUUCAGAUUGCAGAGUUAUUGCUAUAAACCAAGAUGUUUCCUUUAUCCAGGUAAACGUGAGAUGAAAAAUUGUUAAAGGAGACACAAAUAAGAUGUUGAUUUUGGUUUUUUGAAGAGAGAUGGAUACAUUCUUUUGAAUAUGUUGUCACCACUUUGGGAUUCGUUUACAUGCAUGUUCCUUUAUUGCAAGUUUUGAUGUAGAUUUAAGUUAGUUAAGAAGUUACUUGAAGAUGUGGAGUUGGGGUUAAAAGGAUUAUGAAUAAAGUGGUGUUGUGAUGAGAUUGUAUAAUUGUUGUCUUUCAUUUGUCAAGGAUCAUUUGUGUUUUUAAGUUUUGGUGCUUUUUAUCGAGUU